ACGGCGCCGUCUCCAGUCCACUCUCCCUCGCGCCGCCGCUAGCACGCUCCAUUCUCGCUCGCCCACGGUGCCAACUUCGACGACCGUCCUCGACUCCAAAUCCGAGGCGAGGUGAGAUGUGUUCCGGAGAUGAGAUCGAUGGAGAUGCAAGUGUUGAGCAGACAGGCUGCAAGGAUAUUAGGCGCUACAAGUGUGAAUUUUGCACUGUCAUUAGGUCAAAGAAAUGUCUAAUUCAGGCUCACAUGAUUGCGCAUCAUAAGGAGGAACUGGAGAAUUCAGAAUUAUACAAUUCAAAUGGAGAAAAGAUUGUUCAUGGGGGUGAACAUAGGUGCCUAGAGUGCGGAGCUUGUUUCCAGAAGCCAGCUCAUCUGAAGCAGCACAUGCAAAGUCACUCGAGUGAGAGACUCUUCAUUUGCCCACUUGAAGACUGCCCCUUCAGCUAUAAAAGAAAAGAUCACUUGAACCGGCACAUGCUUAAGCAUCAGGGCAAGCUGUUUAGUUGCACUGUGGACGGUUGUGAUAGGAAGUUCAGUAUCAAGGCAAAUAUGCAACGCCAUGUUAAGGAAAUGCACGAGGAUGAAAAUGUCACCAAGGGCAACCAGCAAUUUAUUUGCAAGGAGGAGGGUUGUAACAAGGCUUUCAAGUAUUCCUCGAAGCUGAAGAAACAUGAGGAGUCACAUGUUAAAUUGAACUAUUUGGAAGUCGUGUGCUGUGAACCAGGCUGCAUGAAGAUGUUCACAAAUGUUGAAUGUCUGAGGGCUCAUAACCAAUCUUGCCAUCAGUAUGUUCAGUGUGAGAUAUGUGAGGAAAAACACCUGAAGAAGAACAUUAAGCGACACCUACAAGCCCAUGACGAGGUGCCCUCUAGUGAAAGGAUUAAAUGCACCUUUGAGGGUUGUGAACGCUCCUUUUCCAAUAAAUCAAAUCUGACCAAGCAUAUGAAGGCGUGCCAUGACCAACUCAAACUUUUCUCAUGCCGAUUUGCUAGGUGUGAUAAAGCCUUUACCUACAAGCACGUCAGGGACAAACAUGAGCAAUCCAGCGCUCAUGUAUACAUUGAAGGAGACUUUGAGGAGAUCGAUGAGCAGUUGCGCUCACGUCCAAUAGGUGGACGAAAGAGGAAAGCCUUGACAGUUGAAAUGCUAACACGCAAGAGGGUGACCAUCCCUGGUGAGGCUUCGUCGUUGGACGACGGAGCAGAGUAUCUACGCUGGUUGCUCUCUGGUGGAGAUGGUUCAAGCCAUACUCAGUAGCCUCAGCAUCUUUUAGUAUGUUGGGAACUUACGAUCAGGAAGCUGUUAUGCUGUGUCGUACAUGAGCUUAUUUCAUGUACUACUCACGUUGGUGUAGUUAGAUAAGGAAGGUGUAUACAUGUAAGUAAUGUAGUUGAUAUAAUCUUAAUUUAGCAGCUUAGCAGUUCUGUCCGAUACUUAUUAGCUUUGUGUACUAGUUUAAGCUAGCCUCUGUAGUCCUCUGAUGCCAUUGUGUUUGGAUGAUCGUCCUUUAAAUGGAAACUCUGAUCUUGUAAGAUACUUGAUAAGAUGCUACGCUAGUAUCUGAAGCAAGUUUACUUGUAAAAAUGUUUGGUUAAUGGUGUAUUGUGUAAUAAUUCUUGCA